UUCAGAUACAAUCUAUCUGCUGUGCAGAGAGCAGCGCAGCAGACAGACGACAAUUCAGAAGCAUGAGUCUCAUGACGAGCAUGUGGACGCAGACGUUGGCGCAAGCGUCGCGGGUGGAGGAGCGCAACCACUUCCUCUUCACGCCGCAUGUGGAGAAUGACAUCAAGAACGUCGUCAAGAAGAACAUGGCGCAUCAAUCCCGCGAUUUGUCGGGUUGGGACUUUGAGAAGAAGGUGAGCGUGCUAGCGGAGCUCCAAGAUAUGGUCGAAGCGCCGUGCUUCAAGUACGUGGACUGGGGGGGCGCAAUUUCUACGAAGGCCAAGGGAAUCUCGUUGUUACCGCUCGUGCUCGGCCAGGAAGCCCUUUUGGAUCUAUGGGCGUACAUCAUGGAAUUUUGCGACGUUGUGCCCGUGCGCACGGGUGCACGCGGUCUGUUCCUUCGCCUGGCCGGCUGCAUUUGCCGGCGCCACGAGUUUGUGAACGACGUCGAGAUGCUCGGCAUGCCGUUGAAGAUGGACACCACCAGUACGUUUCCUUGUUCUCCCGUGUCGAUGUCGUCAUAUGCGUGCGAAUGAUGGUAGUCGAAGCGCGGUACUAUAGUCUCCUCGAGCAGAGCCUCCAGUACUGCGCCACCAAGUUGGCGAAAAGCCGCAUUCUCACGCAAGACCACGCGUACUUUGCAUCGCACAUAUACACAGCGGCCUUUUACCGGUGCUCGUCCGUCGCGGCUCCGUUGAUCUUGCAUGUCAUCGAGGCCUACUCGACCCAACUCGAAGACGCCCACACAUCGACCAAAGGAACGAAUCAUGCAGGAUUAUCAUCGUCUAGUCCUGGGGCGAUUCAUGCAUGCUGGCUGGUUCAAAGCGACCCAUCAAAAGAGUUGUCGUCCGCCGCCGCGGUCCCAACAUCGUCGAAAGAGCCGUCGCUCGAGGACGAGGCUCACACAGCAGCAGAAGCCCCCGAGCCAGAAGACCACCCGCCCACCCCCCACGACCAGCCCCCCCAUCUCUCCGAUUCCUUGACAUCAUCAUCCGCCUUGCCCUUGAUCGAACGACGAGAUGCAGUGAUAGCGCACUUUCGGCAGUUCAAAGCCGCCGCCUCCAUCGCCCUCGGCCUCGACAAUAACUCGACCCUCACAAGCAACUUCAACUCGAACAACUACAUCCAGCGGCCAUCGAUUCUUCCAGUGCAGGCCACUCCAUUCGCCACGCUGGACCUGGUCUUUCAACACGGGUUGCGGUCGUCCAGUGACGACGACGAUGUGGCGUUCCUUGGGUCAUGUCCGCAGCUGUACGUGGACGCGCCGCUGCUCCAUGCGGAAGUGGUCCGCACGGCACUUGGGCCUUUCUUAGACCGGCUCAAGACGCCGUCGCGCGACUCGGUAAACCUGGUCCUCGCGUUCAUCUCGACGUUUAUCGAGGACUCGUCGGCGUUUCUCAGCAACGACCGCGCGACGACGGUGCUGCCUUGGCAUGUCGUGCCGGGGUACUUUGUAUGCGUCCGCGCGUUCGUGGGCGUGUUCCGGAAGGUCUGUCUGCGCCGCAAAAGCCGCCGCCAUGUCAUCACGAAAGGCGCCGACGUCGUGCUCAAUCCAUGGUUUCCAUAUUGGACCUCCGCCGAGCUCGAGCCAGUGUACGACGGCCUCGGGGAUGUCCUUGCCCACGGCGGCGGCGCGCUGCUCAACGUGUUUGUCCAGGUGAUCUUGGAAAACACAAACAUGUACGACCCGCAGAGUGUCGACUAUGCGUUCAACGUACUUCAAAAUGUGUUCGAGACGGCGGCGGCAUCGACCCAUGACCGUCCGCGUCCGUCGGGCGACCACCCGCCGCCGCCGCCUCCCCGCGGGACGUUGCCCAUGGAGCUCGACCUCGAGUACUUCCUCUUGGCAUUACGCCAAGCGCUCACGUCUUCGCACUUUCAAAUUCUGCUCAAAGUGCUCGCGUUUGUGUAUGCCACGGCAGGUACAGUACAAUCUCGCACUCGAUCAUCGCAUGAUCCUUUUGUAUAUCUUCAUCUCUGGUCGUCGUGUUUGCAGACUUGUUCGAGUCGAAGCGCCGCCAAAAGCUGCUGGCAGGGGUCAUGCUCCAUGAGCAUUUCUUUCCCCUCUUCUUGCACUGGAACGAAGAGGUGCGCCGCAUGUUUGGACAUCUCGUCGUGCACAAGCUGUUUCUGUCGUCGCGGCUCGACCUGCCCCUUGUGUCGGACCGCGUGCUUCUCGCGUCUAGCCCGUUCUUCCGGCCGCAGCACGAACCAGCGCCCCAUGUGCUGCAAGGCCUGGCGUCGUACUUUGCGCCGCCGCCGUCGGUUAAGAAACUGUCGGCGCAAGCGGUCGCCGAAGACCACAAUGCCGCGCUCGAGCGGCUGAUUGUGUGGGACACCACCGCCGCCCCCCGCCAGUCCAACCAAAAGCAAAAGCAAGAGCGGCUCUUCCGAGACAGCCUCUCCAACGACGACCUCAUGCUGGAUCUGUCGGUGACGAGCAAGCUGGACGCGAUGCUGAAAAUGAUUGCCGAGCAAGUGCAAUCCCACGGCGGCGACGAUGACACGACGGCCGUGUACUUUCCGCGGCACCUCCAAGUGUACGCGCACAAGGCGCUGAGUCAGUACGUUGGCUUGCUCUGGAUGUACUACAAGGUCGCGUUCGACGACUUGUCCGUCGCUCCGUCGGCCCCGACGUUGGAGUUCAACGUCCAGAACUUCUUUAGCAGCGACUAAUAUACAGUGUGAUCCAUCAUUCCGAG